UGUUCACAUAAUAGCCGGCGGCGGGUGAAGGCGUGGUGAGUGUGUGAGCUCUGCUCGUACCGGAUGAUGGGCACUGGCAGCGGCUGUACGGCGGCUCUCCUCCCGGUCAAGACCAGCCGUGGACAAAGCUGAACGGAGCGGAUCAAUAUGCCGGAGAGUGUCUGUCUUAUCUUCACUUAGAGAGGGAUAAAUACUCAGCAGGGAGCCUAAAGAUGACUGACGGUAAACUGUGUCAGGUUCAGUUGCUGGAUGACAGAAAGCUCGAGCUGCUGGUUCAGCCAAAGCUUCUGUCAUAUGAGCUCCUCGACUUGGUGUCCUCCCACUUCAACCUCAAAGAGAAGGAAUUCUUUGGACUUGCAUUUUUUGAUGACAAUGGUCAGUGUAAGUGGUUGCAGAUGGAUCGAAGGGUUCUUGAACAUGACUUUUCUAAGAAACCUGGAGCCAUUUCCCUGAACUUUCUAGUCAGGUUUUAUUUAGAAAACAUAACGCAGUUAAAGGACAUCAUAACGGUGGAGUUAUUCUAUCUGAAUGCAAAAUCAGCCAUCUACAACGGAAUGAUUGAAGUAGAAACUGAGAAUGUCUUUAGAUUGGCUGCAAACGCAUUGCAGGAGGCUAAAGGAGACUACACAAGUGAUGAAAACACCCGGGCUGAUUUGAAGAAGCUGCCAACUCUCCCCACCAAAGUCCUCAAGGAACAUCCAUCUCUUGCUUUCUGUGAGGAUCGAGUUAUUGAAUAUUAUAAGCAGCUGAAAGGUGUCUCUAGGGGACAGGCUAUUGUACAGUAUUUAACGUUGGUGGAGUCAUUGCCAACAUAUGGGGUUCAUUAUUAUGAGGUUAAGGAUAAACAAGGGAUCCCUUGGUGGCUGGGAAUCAGCUAUAAAGGCAUUGGGCAGUAUGAUCUACAGGACAAAUUAAAACCUCGAAAGCUCUACCAGUGGAAACAGCUGGAAAACUUGUACUUCCGAGAGAAAAAGUUUGCUGUAGAAGUUAAUGAUCCACACAGGAGAACAGUAACAAAACGCACCUUUGGGCAGACAGGCCUACUCAUCCACACGUGGUAUGCCAGCCAUUCUUUAAUCAAGACCAUUUGGGUAAUGGCCAUUAGCCAACAUCAGUUCUACUUGGACAGAAAGCAAAGCAAAGCAAAACUAGGACCAGCCAGAACUUUAGAGGAAAUUGCCAUGGAGAUUACUGAACAUGGAGGAGCGAAAAUGAACAGACUAGGAGAUGUAGGCCUGAAAAAUAACUGUAUAACAGCCAGCAAUGGGAGCCUGGGGUCUACAGGUUCGGCGGACUCUGAAAUGAGCGAAGAACAGAAGAAAGAAAAACUCUCUGAGCUGAGGAAAAAAGAACAGGAAAUCCAAGACAUUUUGGCCAAGAAAACAAAAGAGCUUAAGAAGAUUUGCCUCAGAGAGGCGGAACUAACGGGAAAGCUGCCAAAGGAAUAUCCCCUCUCCUCAGGCGAAAGACCACCGCAGGUCAGGCGGCGUGUUGGCACUGCUUUCAAGUUAGAUGACCUUUUCCCCUACAAUGAGGAUCCUUUCUUGAGAAAUCUUGAGAGCAGAUUUGCCCUCCAACGGAAGAUCGUCGAGGCGGCUAAGAAGCUGGCUAAUGAAUCUGAGCUGUGCAAAACGGUCAAGAAGAAGAGGAGGAGAAACUGCUUGGAUGCUAUGCACAAACUGCAGCAGAUCGAGGAUGAGAUGAAUCAGUACAGGAUAAAGAAGGGAAAAAAGCCCACUCAGCGGGCCUCAGUGAUCAUUGCAGAUGAGCUCACCCGUUCAAAUUGCAGUUCCCUAUCUAGUCUCCCACUGGAUGAUGAUGACUCUGAUGGUGCAAGUCAGAGGCCGCGCUCACGGUCAGUCCAAGGUUCCCCGCAGCUCAGCCCGUUGCGAUCACUGGGAGCAGAAUAUGAUGUGGAGAGACAGGGAACUCCUGCAGGAAACAAUCACAAAAGCCAUAGCAGAUUAGGUUUUGAUGGCCUGGAGGCUCCCCAUUCCUACCAGAAUCAAAGAGAGGUGUCCUCUACCAACAGCAGUCCUUAUAAAACGCUUCCUAGGCCUCCCAGAGAUCCACGCAGCAUGCCUCCCACCCCAGUUAUGACCCGUAACGCCUACAGCAGCAGCCAGCUCAGGUCAGAGGGGUCUCCUCAUUGCUUCAGACAUCGCAGUGGAAGUCUGGAGUCUCAGCCACGUCUGAGAAAAGACACAGAUGCAGAGAAGCCUGUCUUUAUCCUGUCACCAUCGCAUCGCAGUAACAGCACAGAGGUGCUAGAAGAUUGCUCCUCCUACACUAGCCAGUCCAGUCUGGACUACUGUGGUGCAGCUAACUCCCACUACGGUACACUGGACUCCCGUGCCUCGACAAUGCACCGUCUGCACAGAAAAGUGGAAGUGUAUGGUAACACCGGAAGCAUGCCCAACUUGGUCCAGCACCAUUCUAGCUGUAAUUAUCAAUGUGAGACCUCAUCACACUAUGCACCUAGUGCCUAUUAUGUUGCCAGUUACACCUGUCAGGACAUGGAGCCUUAUGCUAAUGGUGCUUAUGUAUAUGAGAAUGAAGUUGAAGGCCACUACAACGUCAACCCCUCCUACCAGAUGAACGGCUACCAUGGACAUGACAGGUUCAGGCAUUACAGCAGUGACAGAGCUGACAGUCUUUCACAGAAUCCUUACGCAACGGUGAGACCGCCACGGAGCAGAGAGGGUCCCAGAAAUGAGCUGCUUGCCAAAAACAUGCAGAAGGCCUUGGUGGCUGAACAUCUGAGAGGCUGGUACCACCGGAGCAAAGGUCACCGUGAGGGCGGGAGAGGGUUGAUGGUUGGAUAUGACUUCGACAGCGGCUCACAGCUCAGCCUGGGCUACCAAACCAUGCCAGCAGCCUUUAGCCACUCCAGCAGAACCACUUCUUUUUCCUCAGUGUCCUCAGUGGAGAGCACAGGUAACUGGCGCAACCAGCUGGCCGUUGGCCUGACAGAGUUUGAUACACCUGAUGUAUCCCAGUACUCUCCCGCUGGAGCUCAAGCAUCUCUGUACAACCGCAGUCCCACACACAGAAGAUUUCACUUUGAUGGGAGCUACAUGGGCAUCCACUGAAGAGGACCAAAAUGAACCCUUUGGCACAAACCAACCAUGGCCAGCAGCGCAUGGAGAAAAUGGAGCUGAAAACAGACUUCUAUGAUACCACCAAUGCAGUCUUUGGUGGCAAACAGUUCUCAACAUUUUGUGCAUGAAGGUGCACACUGACCUCAAGUUAAAGACGGCUCUGAACACAGUGAUGACACUCUUGAAUGGCUUUCCCAUGUGCCUUGGAUUGGAUGAAUUGUACAGGCAGAUGAGAAUGUGUCAAGAUGUUGCACAACUACACUGGAUUCAAAAUUAAAUGUGUAUAAAUAACAAAAGCAGCGACAAGUAUUUUAAAGAGAACAAGCUACUGCCUUAUACAAAACAGUAGUUUAUAGAAUUAAAACAAUCAUCAUCUUCAUCUCAUGAUACAAAAGUAGUCUAAAUAAAAACAAAGCUUGAAUAUGUUCAAGGAUGUGACCUGACAAAAAGUGAUUUUAUCAUCGGAUUAGACUUUUCUUCAUUUUUUUUACAUGCCGAUGUAUCAUUUCAAUAUUGUUUAUAGAGCCAUUUGUCUUGUUGGUGCAGUAAGUGUUUAAAAAUGCAUGGUGAGGACAUUUUUUGGUUUAAAAAAAAAAAAAACAAUAACACUGCCAUUAAAAAAAAACUUUCCUCAUGUUUGUUUUAUCACGGUUUUGUACAGUGAGUGUCUAGUUCAACCUUGUUAGAUAUUGUCAUAAAAUAUUUUUCAUUUGGAGGCAAAUCAAUAAAUGUGUGACACAUAUAUGGGUGUAGCCACUUUUUUAAAGAUGAACAACUAGUGAAGAACAAGUUUAGCCACUGUUAUUGAGUCACCAAGUCCUUAAGGAAUAAUUGUACAUUUUGCUUCUACUUGCUAAAAACAUGAUGGCAUUAAAGCUGACAUUCUA